GUUGAAAAGCUUCACACAGGAAAUUUGCUUUGAAGUCCUUGGAAAUAUUCUCUGUUACUCAGGUCAACUCAGAAUGUAGAAGCACAACACAGACGUAUCAUCUGACCCUCAGACAGACAUGAAUCUACACACACACACACACACACUAAGAAACGUGUGCUGAAUUAAAAAAAGAAAGAGGCUUUGCAGAAGAAUGUGCUGCUAUAAAAAACAGUCUUCCUCCAGUGGUCAUGCAAUUAGUAUAAUUUGGAGUCUCCCAGAACAUGCGUGUGGGUGUAUGUGUGUGUGUAUGUGUGGGGGGGGGGCUACAAUACAGCCAGAGUCAGGAAGUCGGGUGAGCACAGUGCUCUUCUGAGCCACAGAGGAGAUAGAAACACAAUCUCGCACACACACACACACUCUGCCACACAUACAUACAACACACACCGGGAUGACAUUCCACUGAGACACUACACUACACAAGUAUUUGAUUCCUGAGCACAAGCAUUUUAAUGUCUAUCCUUAAGAACCUCCCGGGGAGAAACCAUGGGAAUGGUGACCUCAUCCUGCCCAGGUUAAACUUGGACCUGAACCCCUUCGAGGAGGUGGACCUUGAGGAAGAGAGGAAUGAGGGUGACCCCCCCAUUUUGGGGGUCCGUGGAGGAAGAAUCUUCCAGCGCAGGUCGUCACGUGACGGGGAAGAGGAGGAGAAUGAGGUGAACACGGAGAGGCAUGGCCCCGAGGCCCCUAAAGGAGGAGGGGGGAGGCCCCUGAGGGGAACCCUCGAGCGGCUGUGCGGCUCUUCGCCCCUGAAGACCCUGGGGAAGCUGGGGAAGGGGCUGCGUAUGUCGGGGUGCAGCGUGUGGGGGACCAGCCCAUCCCAGCGAUGCCGCACAGACCCCCACUCGCCCCAGCCAGAGAAAGAGAAGAGGAAGGGCCUCCGCAGGAGCUCAGAGGAGAUCAUGACCCUGCUCCGAUUUGCAGGGCGGCGGAAGCAGACGCAGCACAGAGAGAGCCUGCCCUGUGGUGACCUGAGCACCGACAGCGAGGCUGAGUCCUGCCACCGUCCCUCCUUCCUCAGGAUGGUCAGCCUUGCCAAGCUGAAGAGGGAGUCCCUGUCGGACCACAACUCCCAGGAGACCGAGGAGGAGCUGGAGGAGGAGCCACCAGUGGUAAUCCCCAGGGAACCUCUCUCAGUUCUGGAGAUCCUGCAGCUGGUCAACCAGAGGGACCUCCUCCUGGCCGACACACACAUCCAGGAGCUGGAGCGUGAGUACGAGCUGAUGGCCCUCCUGCCCCACCCCCCCACACCUCCAUCCACUCUUCCCAGAGUGACCCAUCACGGGUCCUUCGACGACCCCUCCAGCCCCAAUGUGUCACGGGACGCCAGCCGUCGCAAGGCCAAGGAUGUGGAGUUGCUGUACGAGGCCCUUCAGAAGGAGAUGUGGGACGUCGUGAGGGAGUCCCUCCGACAGCCAACGGCCGGGCCCAAACUGGGGCUGGUGGUGCUGGUCAUCCAGCAGGAGGAGCAGGCCGACACCGCCCAGGCACAGAAAGAGGAGACCCAGCCCCUGAGGGAGGACCUCCAGCCCCAUCCUAGCCAGCGGCCUCGUCAGUUCAAGCUGAAAUGGCGGCAGGCGGUGGGGGAGGCAUCUGACUGGAGCCUGCCCCAGCAGGUGAAAACUCAGGCAGGGCAGCUAGCCUCGUACCUGGAGCGGCUGAGGGGCCGCAUGGUGGACGACCUUGAUGCGGCGCGGAGGAACGUUGUGUCGGUCUACCCGGAGGAGUUCCAGGCCUUCCAGGUGUACGUGCAGAGCUACCACCGGGCGGUGGUCCGACGCCUGAACAUCAUCACCAGCUCCCAGCUGCAGAUCACUGAUGUCUACUCCCUGCUGGACUGGUUCUACAACAUCUACAACAGGGAUGUCCUGGGCACCGUUGGCACGAAAACCCCUAUUAACUACUCCCCACUGGAACCCCUACUGCAUCGAGAUACAGUGGACCGACUGGAACAGGACUGCCUGAACACUGUCAGGGAGAAGGUGACCACAGAGCUCACUCAGGUUCUGGAUGAGGAGGAGAGGCGGUGGGCCCAAAUGCUGCACGUAGAGGAGUACCAAUCCAAUCUGGCCCGCUCCAUCAUCCAGAGACUGAAGGUGGACCUGGACAGAUCCACAACUGUAAGCCCGUUUCUGGGGGCCAGGGUGGCCCGCUGCAGUCUAAAUGGACUGUCUGACUUCCUGUACAGUUUCCAGAGAAAAGUGGAGAUGUUCCAUGAGACCCAGGCUGAGUUUGGGGACCGGGGUGAUGGAUACAUCUCCAGGACCAUCGCUCUGGUCAACUGUUGUCCUCCUCUGAGGUCCUUUGUACGGCGGUGCAGGCAGUGUGACCCACAGGGCAGUGAGGAGUCCACACAGAGCGCUAACUCCUCCCUGGACAGGAUCGUUAACCAAUCAGGGAGGGUUCUGACAGAAAAACUAUUUGAGCACAUCAGGCCGUUCUGUGACAAGCUGGUGAAGAGGAAGUGGCUAAACAACACUGAGGCCUUUGAGGCCAUCGAAGCAAGCAUCAAGCAACACUUUAAGAAGUUCAGAAGAAUGGACUGCCCACCUUAUCAGAUACUGGUAGGGGAGGUACACAGGCGGGUCCUGGUGGAGUAUGUGCGUGCGAUCAUGCGAGGACGGAUCAUCUGCACAUCAUCGAAGAUGAGGAAGAGGAUGGCGUUCCGACUUCAGGACGAGGCCAAGCAGCUCAAAGGACUCUUCAAAGACCUGGAGUCAGGAUCCUCUUGGCUGGACAGUGUCCUCGCUCAUCUGGCUGACAUCAUUCUACUGGAGGACACUCCGUCCAUCCAGAUGGAGGUUGCUGUUCUGGUGAAGGAGUUUCCAGACAUACGGAAGAAGCACAUCUCCACCCUGCUGAACGUGCGGGGGAUGAUGCAUCAGGCGGAGCGCCAGGAGAUCCUGAACAUAGUCAGAGACUUCGAGAGCAGUGACAGCUCUGCCCUGCUAUGCAGGGAUCACGUCCUCUUCUCAGACAUCCCCGUCACCUCCGAGGUGCACUGCAUCAACCUGGGCCUCAUCCGCGUUGCCAUGACCCUUGCCAACUGGUUUUCAGAGGCCCGGCCUCGACGGCACCGCAGGAGAACCCCCAGGAACAGAACCACGCUGCCACCGGAACCCCCGACCGAGGAGAAGGAUAUGGAUGAUGAUUGACUUCAAGGAAAAUUAUAUGGAGCGCAUAGUGUUUGGUAGAACAGAGGUUCACCCGUAACACUCGUAAUUCUGUAUCGAUGUGUUCAUUUUUAUGACUAAUUAAUACUGAUGGAGCGUAAUGAUUAAAUUGUUUGGCUUUCUGCUGUAAAUAACAGAGGUAGAGGUUUGUUGUUGACGACAAUUUGAUGAGCACUCAAUCCUAAAAUCUGUCAUAUUAUGUGCUGCAACUACUACUAUGGGGCGGAAUCACACAAAUACUGUGAAACGUACUACUACUGAUAAGAAAUGAAAGUCUCCAAAGAAACGUGAAAAUAUCAAAUACCGCUUUUAAUUAAUCUGUUAAUUGACUUCUCACUCAUUUACAGACAUUUCAAUGGAAUGCGAUAAAAUUAACUUGAUCUCAGGUACCACACGUACAAGCUCACCUACUGCACCUCGAGCUCAGAUAUUUCUUCCAUGUUUAGAAUGAGUACCAGUACACAGUUGUAUUGCUUGAAUUGAUUUUAAGGCACACUUGAAACACAGAUUUUGUAUCAUCUAUGAAUUUAUCACUUCAAUGGUUUUGUAAACCUUAUUGGGUAACACUUUACAUUAAGGCAGUGUUUCUUGAUCCUGGUCCUGGGGACAAAAGGGUGUACAUUUCUAACACACUUGAUCCAACUAAUCAACUCAUCAUCAAGCAUUUCGAUGUGAAUCAGGUGUGUUAGUGCUAGGGCAAAAACAAAAAUGUGCACCCCUUUGGGUCCCCAGGACCAGGAUUGAGAAAUACUGCAUUAAGGUAUACUUUAUACGUGAAUAUUUAGUUAAUAAACUGUUAAUUAUUAGUUUAACGAUAGCUUACAGCUAACCAAUGUGUUAUAACUGUUUAUAACUUUUAUAACUAUCUAUAAAUUAACAAUUAAUUGUUUAUCAACUACUUGGGAAAAGGGGGUACCUAGUCAACACAACUGAAUGUAUUCCACCGAAAUGUGUCUUCCGCAUUUAACCCGACCCAGGAGACUGCGUGAAUCAGGCCUUCAUGUUCGAAUUGCUGCA